UCAGUCUUUUCCAAUGAGUCAGUUCUUCUAUUUCUACAUACAUACACACAUAGGUGGAUGACUUUUUUCAUUACAGUGAUUUCCUACCAUUUUUAUUUAGAACCCACACAAUCAUUUCCAGUAGCAAUCUUUACACAACGUUCUCAUUUAAUCACCCCCAGUCUCUCUGUAAUCUCUCUACAUCUUGCCAGCAAUUUAUUUUUUCCAAAGAGUUCAGAAGUUCCCAGGUCAGCAGCUGCCAGGGACUCUGCGACUUACAAACAGGUCCUGCCACUUGCUGGAGUGAAAACAAGUAUUACGACACAAUUACCCAUGGUACCAUUGCAAAGAGCCAUUUCCUUUGCAAGCAAAAGCCAACCAGGGAAGCAUCUCAGGGUUCUGACACGCUCCAAGGUUAAGAAGCCAUGUGCUACGAUGGUGCCUGGAACUAAGGAGGCCACAGAACUAGAACUUGAAGCUCAGGUUCUUUUAUGUCUCAGCACAGAAGGAAUUCAGGAAGAGGCAAAGUGAUACGUGAGAAGUAGAUGUGUUAAUGCAGGACACUGUGAGGGGUACAAACAAGCAGGGACCUGCGGAGCCUCUCGGGCGUGAAGCUUUCGGCUGGCGCCAUGGAGAGGAACCUGAGGAACGUCCUCGUACUCUCCUUGGGGUUUCUGCUGCUCUUCACUGCCUACGGAGGGCUGCAGAGUCUGCAGAGCAGCCUGUACAGUGAGGAGGGCCUGGGCGUGGCGGCGCUCAGCACGCUCUACGGCGGCAUGCUGCUGUCCUCCAUGUUCCUGCCGCCCGUCCUCAUCGGGAAGCUCGGCUGCAAGUGGACCCUCGUGCUCGCCAUGUGCUGCUACGUGGCCUUCUCUCUCGGCAACUUCUACGCCAGCUGGUACACUUUGAUCCCCACCUCCAUCCUGGUGGGACUCGGGGCCACCACGCUGUGGUCUGCACAGGGCACCUACCUCACCAUCGUGGGGAACAUGCAGGCGCAGAAGACAGGACAAGUCGGCAAAGACGUGGUCAACCAGUACUUCGGCAUCUUCUUUCUCAUAUUCCAGUCGUCCGGCGUGUGGGGCAACCUGAUCUCAUCUCUCGUGUUCGGCCAGACGCCCACUCAAGGGACCGUCCCGGAGGAGCAGCUGCAGACCUGCGGGGCCAGCGACUGCCUGAUGGCCGUGGCGUCCACCAACAGCACAAGGCGGCCCUCCCAGGACCUCAUCUACACGCUCAUGGGCAUCUACACAGGGUGCGGCUUCCUGGCGGUCCUGCUCACAGCCGUGUUUCUGGAACCCGUAAAAGAUGCUGGGCCAGAAGGUGACAGCGAGAAGCGGGCGACUCCUUUCUGGUCCACUUUGCUGUCGACGUUUAAGCUGCUCAGAGACAAGCGCCUGCGUCUCCUGAUCCUGCUGCCGAUGCUCAGCGGGUUCGAGCAAGCCUUCCUGUCGGGUGACUACACACGGUCCUACGCCACCUGCGCCCUGGGGAUCCAGUUCGUGGGCUACGUGAUGAUCUGCUUCGGGGCCGUCGACGCCCUGUGCUCCGUGCUCUUCGGGAGGCUGGCCCGGCACACCGGCAGGAUUGCGCUCUUCGCGCUGGGGGCCGUGACCCAGCUGGCCUGCAUCGUCGCCCUCCUGCUGUGGAAGCCACACCCCAGCCAGCUGCCAGUGUUCUUCGUGUUCCCCGGCCUCUGGGGCAUGGCCGACGCGGUCUGGCAGACACAGAACAAUGCUCUCUUCGGGGUUCUGUUUGAGAAGAACAAGGAGGCCGCCUUCGCCAACUACCGCCUCUGGGAAGCCCUGGGCUUCGUCGUCGCCUUCGGAUACAGCACGUUUCUGUGCGUCAGCGUCAAGCUGUACGUCCUCCUGGGCGUCCUGGGCGCCGCCAUGGCCGCCUACGGGGCCGUCGAGUACCUGGAGUCCCGGAAGGCGGUCGGGCCGCUGGCCGCAGCGCGGACAAAACCCGCCGAGGAGGGGGUGACACAGACGAAGCUGUGAAGCCACAAGCCCCGCGGUGAGUGGACCCGGGGCGGCCCCAGAGCAGGCGAGCGUUACCCGAAGACGCCUCGGGGUCUGCGGUCGAUUCUUUACGACCGCUUCAACGCGGUUUCACUUUUACGUGACGUUUUUUCUAUUUUAUCAGAGUCUUCAGUCCACCAUCUCAUCAGUGGAGAUGCAGAGUGUAGGUGGAGGAAUCAGUUCAUUUCAGAUACAAAAGAGUUAUAAACUCAGGAUACCACCAGCCACCAGGGACUUGCCUAGAGUCACGGGUCAAUAGCCUAGGCUUGUUUGGGGGUUGUUGUUAAGAACUCGAAAGUCGCUGAAAAGAUGCAGCCCAAUGCCAGCACUUUGCAGAUGGGCAAACUGACGCCCCGGCAAGUCAGGGACUGCCUCCCAGAGUCAGUGAGGGACAAAGCCAGACGAGGCUCUCUGUGUCUUGAAGCUUAUAGGGUAAGAGUUUCUAAAUAAACGCAGGUAUUUUAUGGACCUGA